AUGCUUGUAAGGAAACUACCAAUUGUAUACUCACGUAUACUAUUACGUAAUACACGUACUACAAAUACUACGAAAUUACUAUCAUUACAACAAUUGCGUAAUCAGUCAACCAAGACAACCAGCGAGAAAUGGCCAGAAUUAUUACCAUCUGAUUUCAAAAGUGAUGGACAACCAGAUUAUAUAAAAUUGAUCUUAACAUCAAGAGUAUAUGAUGUUGUUAAUGAAGGAGGUACUCCUUUAACUCAUGCAAUUAACUUAUCUCAUAAAUGUGGUUCAAAUAUCUACCUUAAGAGAGAAGAUUUAUUACCAGUAUUUUCAUUUAAAUUAAGAGGUGCUUAUAAUAUGAUUGCUCACUUGCAUUCACAGUCAAAACAUCCAUUGUCUGGUGUUAUCGCAUGUUCUGCUGGUAAUCAUGCUCAAGGGGUCGCUUAUUCUGCCAAUAAAUUAAAAAUACCCGCAACUAUAGUAAUGCCAACUCCAACCCCAUCAAUUAAAUAUACAAAUGUUUCAAGAUUAGGUUCUCAAGUUGUCCUUUUUGGUGAUGAUUUCGAUUCGGCAAAAUUAGAAUGUGAACGUUUAAGUAAUGAGAAUAAUUUAAUUAAUAUCCCACCUUUUAAUCAUCCUUAUGUUAUUGCUGGUCAAGGUACUAUUGCAUUGGAAAUUACAAGACAAUUAAGAUUAGAUAAAUUAAAUGCAUUGUUUGUCCCAGUUGGCGGUGGGGGAUUAAUUGCCGGGGUUGCUGUAUAUCUUAAACAAAUUGCUCCUCAUGUUAAAAUCAUUGGUGUUGAGACAUAUGACGCAGAUGCUUUGUAUCAAUCUCUCAAACAAAAGAAAAUGGCCGUAUUGGAUAAAGUUGGAAUGUUUGCCGAUGGGACUGCUGUUAAAGUAUUGGGAGAUGAAACUUGGAGACUUUGUACUGAUUUAGUAGAUGAAGUAGUUCGUGUUGAUACUGAUGAAUUAUGUGCAGCAAUUAAAGAUAUUUUUGAAGAUACAAGACUGAUUACAGAACCUUCUGGUGCAUUAUCAGUUGCUGGAUUAAAGAAAUAUAUUGAAGAACAUCCUGAAAUUGAUCAUCGUGAAAAGACUUAUGUCCCAGUUUUAUCAGGUGCAAAUAUGAAUUUUGAUAGAUUAAGAUUUGUAAGUGAACGUGCUGUAUUAGGUGAAGGUAAAGAAGUCUCACUUGCAGUUACAAUUCCUGAACAACCAAAUGAAUUUGCAAAAUUACAAAAAAUUAUUAAUCCAAGAGCAAUCACUGAAUUCUCCUAUAGAUGUAGUGGUGAUAAAACCGCAAAUAUCUUUGUUUCCUUCAAUGUCAUUGAUAAACACCGUGAAAAACCAACUAUUUUAGAAGCAAUGACUAAUGCCGGAUAUGAAGUUGUUGAUAUUUCCGAUAACGAAUUAGCAAAAUCCCAUGGUAGAUAUCUUGUUGGAGGAAAAUCUCACGUUGCUAGAGCUCAACAGGAAAAGAUUUUCCAAUUUGAAUUCCCAGAACGUCCGAAUGCAUUAUUUAAUUUCUUACAAGCUUUAAGAAGUGAUUGGGAUAUUAGUUUGUUUAAUUAUAGAAAUCAUGGUCAUGAUGUUGGAAAAGUUUUAUGUGGAUUUAUCCUUCCUGAAGGCUCAGAGGAUGAUUUCCAAGCAUUUUUAAAGAAUAUUGGAUAUACGUUCGUUGACGAAUCUGAUAACGUAUUCUACAAGAAAUUCUUAAAGAAUGAUUAA